CCCCCACACACACACACAAUCGUCUCUUCUUCACCCCCUCUCUCUCUCUCUCACACACACACACUCUCUCUCUCUCUCUCUCUACAUUUCCUCAUCCAGUAAGCUACUAAUUAUCUUCCAACUUUCCAUCGAUGUUGCAGCCUAUCGGUAUAGAUGUGGAUUCCGAAGUGGAUUUGAAGUGGAUAUCUCAAUUCUGAUGAUUCAUUUCCUGAAUCUGCUCCGUCAAAUUUGAUCAAGUACCGACAUGCAUUCAAUGUAAGAAAACCAAGUGACAACAAGCUAUUUUCCAAACAUGGAUUGGAAUACAAAAUGGGAAUGGAAAAACCACGAUAUAUUCACCUCCAAAGUUGUUACCGCAACUCCUAAGAAGCUACAAUCAACUAAUUGGGAAGACGACGUUAAUGAAUCUUUUAAUCUAUCUGCUUCUGAUGUGGCGAACUACUCAUCAGCAAAAAGCUCAAUAUCAGCUUCAACUGAAUCUUCGUUAAAAGAGGGGAAACAGAUGUCCAGAUUGGUUUAUGGUGAAUAUAUAGGAGCUGAGGUUAAUGGAAAAUCUUCAUUAUUGGAAGGUUCAGUUAGCUCGGGUGAACCGUUUAUCGGUUUAAAACUUGGUAAAAGGACAUAUUUUGAAAAUAGUAUUGGCAGGAAGGUAUCGUCAUUUUCAGAUAGUCCUACUCCUGUACAAGGUGUAUCAUCAUCUACAGGGAAAAAAGCUAAAUCUUCUUGCCAAGGUACAGCGCUUCCACGUUGUCAAGUUGAAGGAUGCAAUCUUGACCUUUCAUCUGCUAAAGAAUACCAUAAGAAACAUAGAGUUUGUGAAACUCAUUCCAAAUCUCCAAAGGUUGUUGUGUCUGGUCUUGAACUUCGCUUUUGCCAACAGUGUAGCAGAUUUCACAGUUUGGCAGAAUUUGAUGAGAAAAAACGCAGCUGUCGUAGACGGCUUUCUGAUCAUAAUGCAAGACGCCGCAAGCCACGGCAGGAGACAAUCCAGUUUAAUUCAACUGACCUGUCUUCAUCGUUUUAUGGUGUGCGACAACAAUUGAGCUUUCAAUCUAGACCUGCUGUAAGUUCGACAUGGAAAAACUCAUCGAACUCAACAUACUCCAUAGCCACAAUGAAAACCAAACAAUCUGGAAUCCUUGAUGGCAUAUCACAGUUGCCAAACGCCGGCAGUAUGCCUACGAUUUCAUUCAGUAGACCAGUGCCAUCAAAGGGCACAAGCGGCGAGGUUCUUGAUCAAGGUUUUAAGGAGUCCUUGUCUCCCAAUGUAGAUGCACUACGUGCUCUCUCUCUUCUGUCAAACAAUUCUUGGGGUCUAUAUGAGCCCGAUUUAAUCAGGCUCGACCAACCCCACCCCAUGGGCUCUGAUAACCCGUUCAUGGUGCAACCUGGCUUGCAAACUGUUCCCCAAGGUUUGCCACUUUCAUCAUCUGAUUACUGGCAAACCGAGCAACACUCAAUUGACCCCACCAAAACUAGUAAUGCCGCCAACACUCAGGUCCAAGAAUUUCAGCUAUUCAAUCGUUUUUAUUCCAAUCCAAUGGACGAAAUCCUAUGACUUUUGCGAUUUUAAGGUAAACAUGUUUUUUUCCUUGUAAUAAGGUUUUCUGUGUGGUUUGGUGUAAAGACCUAGUCCUUGAUUCUUAACAGCUAUCUGACCAACCACAUAGAUGUUUUCCAAUAUCCUGUACUUGUUCUGCUUUGCAAAUGUUAGUCAUGAAACCACCUAAUGCUAAUCUUGUCCGAGAUGCAUUUCUUCUGUUAUUUGAUGAAUUCUUCAUGUUC